GAACACACAAGUUUCGGGGCGAUCGCCGCAGCACGACGAAGGUUAAACGAAGAGCAGGUGCCCAUCGUAGGACGCGCAAAGGAGCCUCAUAGCUGGUAGAACUCUGGCGCGCCGCUUUUCGCCCUUGGUUCUGCAUCAUAUUUUCUUAUAAACCCGCAAUUGACAAUGAAAGCUCUAAUAUUGGGAGUAUUAUCCAUACUCGUUUGCGGUGUGAGCUCUCAAGAGUCGUCCUCAGAGCAGUACUUUACGUUGUUCAGUUGGUGCCUUGCACCGCCAUACAUUGAGGAGAACCUGCAGAACAGAUGGUGGAACUUUGGUGGAGAUGCACUGAUGGAGGUGAACCGAUUCGUUCGCCUGACUCCUGAGCUACCCUCAAAGUCAGGUUGGCUAUGGAGUAAACAGCCGUUCACCAGUAGCUCCUGGCUCGUGGAAUUCGACUUCAAGGUCCACGGGGCAAGCUCAGGUCUUCAUGGGGAUGGUUUUGCGUUCUGGUACACCACCGACAAAGAACAGGGGGGUCCGGUUUACGGCAGCAAGGACCAAUUCACUGGGCUCGGAGUAUUUUUCGAUACUUAUGCCAAUGGAAGACACAAAUUUUCCUUCCCCUAUGUCAAUGCCAUGAUUGGGGACGGUAAAACAAAGUAUGACCAUGCGAACGAUGGCGUGACAAAUCAAAUCGGUGGAUGCUCGGUCGACUUCAGGCAGAAGGAUGUGGCGACAAAAGCUCGAAUCAAAUAUUAUAAAGAUGAUAUGGUGGAAGUGUCACUCAAUUACAAGGGCGAUGAUACGUGGGAACAAUGCUUUACAAAGUACAAUGUGUCGCUGCCAACUCACGGGUACCUAGGUUUCUCGGCGUUUACCGGGGAUGUCUCUGAUAACCACGACAUCAUCACUAUUACCACAAAAGGCAUUACCAACCCAUCACAUUCCCGUCCCGAGCACAGUCAACAAAACUUAGUCAACAAGUCUUCAGGGGGGGCCUGGCACUAUUUCACUAUCCUUCUGUCGCUAACAAUCUUUGCAGUGGUCUGUUACGGAAUAUGGGUGGUCCUGAGAAUGCGGGAGGAGAGGUCUUUUAAGCGAUUUUAAAACUGUUAUUUAGGAAGUAAUUCCGCACGGAGAUUUCCAACCCGUUGGUUGCUCUUUAAUGGGGGUGGGGGUGCACAUGCUUCUCAUGACGAAAGUCAUGAUUCUUGUUAAUACAAUGGGACUGUGACAUGGGAACCAACCUAAGAUGAACUAACACGACUGGAAAAGGUUAUGAAGAGGUCAUCAUGAUUGUAGUACAGAUCUGUUGAAAAAUGAUUGUAUAAGACGGGCUAAGAUAUCUCUGGCGAG